AUGAAUUGGAACAAAAACAGGAAUGAAGAGCUCUUACCUAAUCUCUCGACACAAAUCCAAUGCUUACGUCCAGGCCAUCCAGAAACAGAAGAUAUCUUCAUCUGGCAGCCGCUUCCAUCGAGUGUAUACUCAGCAAGAUCGGGCUACUGCGCUGCAGUAUCACAAAAACAGACAUCAUGCUCAACACAAACCUUUGACUGGAUACGAGAUGUGUGGAAACAAGAAUGCUCACCACAAAUGAAAGUCUUUCUAUGGUCGAUCAUCCAGAAAGCACUUCCACUAGGCGAAAAUCUACAGAGCAAAGGAGUAAGGUCAGAGGCAGUGUGCAUCAAAUGUAAGGAACAAGAAACGGCGAUUCAUACCUUCUUUAUAUGCCCAUUCGCACGUGAAGUCUGGGAUAAAGUCCCUUUGAAAAAUGUAGUUCACAUAGCUACAGGAGAUAACAUUAAAGAGGUAAUAGCCGCAUUCAGAACCGCUUGCUGCCUCCCACCGACAGGUAUAUCCAGAACGAUUCUUCCCUGGAUUGUUUGGUCACUAUGGACAGCAAGGAAUCUACAUAUCUUCGAGAACAAAGUCUUAUCAGCAGAGGAAGUGGCAACGAAUGGUCUAAGCCUAGCUAGAGAGUGGAUCAACGCACAAGGAACGGUACAACGAGUCAGAGAAGAAAUACCUAGAUCAAUCAAGAGUAAAACUCCUCAGGCGAAUCCACUCCUUGUCAGCACAUGCAGAUCUGACGCUGCUUGGGAUAAAUCAUCAAAAAGGGCGGGACUUGCUUGGAGCAUAACAGGAGGAACACUGAGAAUCGACAGACAGGGAAGCCUCACUGAGAAUCAUGUCUCUUCUCCGAUCGUCGCAGAAGCCCUAGCUCUCCGAUCGGGUCUCAUCACCGCGGUAGAACUUGAAAUCCCACGGAUCAGAAUUUUCUCUGACAACUCAACGCUCAUCCGAGCCAUCAACUUCGACAUGCAGACCAAGGAAAUCUUCGGAAUCAUCCGUGAUAUCCAUCGAAUCUCCUCUGCGUUCAUCGAAAUUUCUUUUCAUCAUCUAUCUCUUGAUCUGAUCAAAGAUGUCGAUCAGAUUGCCAAAAGGACCCUACGCGGCCCAAAUGUUUAA